AUGUUGAUAGGUCAGGUUAUAAAUACAAGGCUCUCUCAGCAGCGCGCCAUUCAGUAUCUGAAACCCAACUUGUCAACAUGCCACCCAAGACCUUCAGGAAAGGCUGCCAAGAAAUCCGGCAAGGCCCAGAAGGCCAUCACCAAGGGAGAUAAGAAGAAGAGGAAAGGAAAGAGGAAGGAGUCCUAUGCCAUCUACAUCUACAAGGUCCUCAAGCAGGUCCACCCUGACACCGGUAUCUCCUCCAAGGCCAUGAGCAUCAUGAACUCCUUUGUCAACGAUAUCUUCUCCAGGAUCGCUGCCGAAGCUUCCCGACUGGCCCACUACAACAAGAGAUCCACCAUCACCUCCCGGGAGAUCCAGACCUCUGUCAGGCUCCUCCUUCCCGGAGAGUUGGCCAAGCACGCCGUCUCUGAGGGAACCAAGGCCGUCACCAAGUACACCAGCUCCAAGUAAACUGUGUGUAAUUUCCUCAUACAAAACCCCGGCCCUUUUCAGG